CGCCGGUUUAUCAACGAACCAGAGAGACCAUGAGGUGCUACCUGUUCACUUCGAGCUGCUCGCUCGCAGCCAUAAUCGCCGUCGUCGCGAUCCUCGGCCACGGGGUUACGGUGGCUGGCAACGAAACGGCGGUAAUAAACGUAGGAGUUUAUUACGAAUCGUUGUGCGGCGAUAGUAUGCGUUUCAUCAAGAAUCAAUUAGUGCCAUCGUAUGACACACUGAAGGAUUACAUCAGCAUCACUUUCGUUCCCUAUGGAAAAGCAUCGCAUACAAAAGACGUCGGAAGCAACGAAUGGAAGUUCUCGUGCCAGCAUGGGUCCGCCGAGUGCGAUGGGAACAUGGCCCAGGCGUGUGGAAUUCACGCGAUUCAGAACGAAGAACAGGCUGAAAAGGUUCAACAACUCACCGUGGCUCUCGUCGGUUGCGCAAUGGCCUCGCGAUAUCCGCCGUCAUCCGUUCCAGGGUGCGCCAACGAUGUAGGACUGAGUGAGAAAACUCGAAAAAGCAUCGAUAGUUGCAUCGCAGGUUCUCUGUCCAAAGAGUUGUUGGUCGCUAACGGGGAGAAGACGAAAGAGUUGGACCCGAAACUCUCUUUCGUCCCGACGAUCACGAUUAACGGAGUGACGUCAUCGGAGAUUCAAAGCCAGGCGCUUACGAAUUUCCUUAAACUCAUUUGCGACACUUUGCCGAAGGAGUCGAAGCCAUCGCGGUGCAGCAAUGCUUGAAAAUAAACGGUUGCUCAACCCCCUCGGCACUAAAACAUUUCUGUAGUAGGUCACUGUUUUUUAUACAAAGCUUAUUGCGGCGUCUCAUCGCCACGGGAAGAACGGUAGAAAACAAAAAUCGAACUUAAUUAUCUGUAACGAUCGGUGUUAUGAUUUGUGUAACGAAUAAAUAAAGUGCCCCGCUUUUGUAAGCCGAAUAA